CGCUUGAUCAUUCAAGACAUUCCAGCACGCACUACUCUCAUGGAUGCGCUCCUAGAAUUGAAGUCGCAGAAUCAGGCUAUGCAACCCCAUGACCCCCGGAAUUUGCAACAGUCAUUAGCCUUCAUUGUUGAGCCACCAGAGCCGCUGACGGUCCUCAUGGGAUUGUUAUGGCUUCGGGGAGCUCGCGGGUCGGGUUUGCGGUCCUGGUUAGGGACUUUGGACGGACGUGCGUGGCUGCAGACCCAAUAUGGGGAAGACUAUUUGCAGACACAGAAGGGGCAAGACUGGCUGCAGACCUGGGCCGGGAGGGAUUGGUUGCAGACCCACGCGGGACGCACUUGGUUGCAGACAGAGAGAGGGCGAGGGGUGGCUGUGGACUCAAAGACGAAGACAAGUCGCUGGAGACUCUGGCGAGUAUAUGGCAUUGGAGACGUGGAGCGGGAAAGCCUCGCUGGAGACCAUCGGCGGGCAAGGCUGGCUGCAGACCAAGACCGGGCAAGAAUGGUUGCAGACCCAGGCAGGGGGAGAGUGGCUGCAGACUCAAAGUGGAGGAGAGUGGCUGCAGAGCCGACGCGGGGAAGAGUGGCUUCAGACCCCGACCGCACAAGAGUGGCUGCAACAAACCCCGACUGGCCAAGAAUGGCUGCAGACCCAAAAAGGACGAGAGUGGCUGCAAACUCAGAGCGGCCAAAAAUGGCUACAGACCCUGAGUGGCCAAGAAUGGCUGCAAACACAUGGUGAGUGGUUGCAGACCACGCCUGGACGAGAGUGGUUACAAACUGAAAGCGCGAGGGAGUGGCUGAAGACACCCAGCGGGAGGGAGUGGAUAGAGACACACAGCGGGAGGAAGUGGCUGCAGACACACGGCGGGAGGGAGUGGCUGCGGAGAUCCAACACGAGGGAGUGGCUGGAGAUAUUCGACAGGAGCGAGUGGCUAGAGACACCCAGCGGGAGGGAGUGGCUGGAGAUACACAACGGGAGGUGGUGGCUGCAAACAUUCAAUAGGAGGGAGUGGCUGACAACACCCAGCGAGAGGGUGUGGCUGGAGACACCCAGCGGGAGGGAGGAGUGGCUGCAGAAACCCAGCGGGAGGAAGUGGCUGGAGACACAUAGCGCGAGGGAGUGGCUGCAGAAACCCAGCGCGAGGGAGUGGCUGGAGACAUCCAACGGGAGCGAGUGGCUGGAGACACCCAGCGCGAGGGAGUGGCUGGAGACACCCAGCGCGAGGGAGUGGCUGGAGACACCCAGCGGGAGGGAGUGGCUGGAGACACUCAGUGCGAGGGAGUGGCUGAAAACACCAAGAGCGAGGGAGUGGCUGAAAAUGCAGCACGGGAUGGCGUGGCUGGAGACACAAAGUGGGAUCGAGUGGCUUGAGACCCAGAGUGGGUACGAUCGCCUACAGACCCUAAAUGAACUGCAGACUCCAAUCGGGCAUGCAUGGUUGGACACCUUUUACGGGCGAGAAUGGCUCUCAACCCAGAGUGGGCGAGAGUGGUUACUGAUGCAGAGUGCGCAAGAGUGGCUCCUGACCCUAGGAGGGCAAAAAUGGCUGGGUACUCUGGGCGGACGAGAGUGGCUGCGGACCCCAGGUGGACUACAGACUGGACAUGGCCAAGAAUGGUUACAGACAAAAGGUGGGCAAGAGUGGCUGCCGACCCAGAGUGGACGAGAGUGGCUGCCAACCAUGGGUGGACGAGAGUGGCUGCAGAGCGAGAGAGGACGAGAGUGGCUACAGACCCCCCAUGGUCAAGCAUGGCAGCUGACUCCUACAGCAUCUGUCUGGGUAACAAUGGAAGACUUUUCGAGCACAUUGGAAACAAUCAGCGAGUGUGCAAUCAUUCCGCGAUUGCCUUUCCCGCCAGCUUUUCAAGUAAUCCAGGAGUUUAAGAGCUUACCAGAUUUCUUGAUGUUUCCGGCAUUCCUGUCGUUAAGGCCCCAUGAUUAUUCUACCUCUGCAUCCCUACAAGAUUGUCCAGACAUCGAGGUCAUUCAUACUAUGACCGCGUUCACGAUUUUCGCAAACGAAGCACGGGAUCAAAGUCAAUUAUCUUCAAACGCCUUGAAGUAUGCAUGUCAAAAUUGGGUCUUCCAUCUCUCGCGAGCUCUGAAUCCAACGGACCACCAGCUCAACUGUACAUUCAAGGUCUGCUGGAAUCGCCACCUCCUCUCCUGGCUUGAAAGGCAAUGGUGUUUGAAGGGCUUGCGGUCCUGUCUCCUUAUGUUAUUCGAAGGGCAGAAACUUGCACAGGAACGCCUCAUCGAAGAUACAGGGUCAUCUCAGUCCCAGGUCUGAAACUGUCGAUUUGAUGUACUAGAUAGAUGUCAUGCUGUCUUGUUAUCUUGCAUUAUUCACGUCGCUUGUGUAUUUUCAGAAUUUGUAGUGUUGAAGAUUGAAUGUUAAUAUUGAUGUUGGUCCGAGGAAAAGAAGACGGUAAUAACUUGGACGCCAUUUAAAGGACCGCGUCUCCUUGAGGCAUGUCGUGAAUAUCGCAUGGAGUUCUGUAUCUACAGCAGAGCCUGAACAGCG